UGGUUCUCUGUUUCAUUUUAACCUGUCAAAGCGGAGUCUUUCGGCUCCUGGCUAUCCCGGGCGAUUCCUCAUCCUCUCCUUACGUAGAUCGAUUGGUUUCUGGGCGCAAUUUCUGAGAUUGUAAAGAGAGCUCAGGAAGUGAAGACUAGAGAGAUACACAUAAAAGGAGCAGGACAGGCUUGGAAAUGGCUUCAGUGGUGAAGGGUGUGGUGAAUGCUAUCAAAGAGAAAGGCGUUGGUGGCUUCUUGCGGGAGCUGAGAGGCGAAGGCUACUUGAAGUGCAUUUUGGAUGGGAACCUUUUGCAAACCAAAAUCCACAAUAUAGGGGCAACAGUUGUUGGGGUCGACAAAUUCGGCAACAAGUACUAUGAGAAGCUGGGAGAUACCCAAUAUGGGAGGCACCGUUGGGUUGAAUAUGCAGAGAAAGGUCGAUAUAAUGCUUCUCAGGUGCCACCAGAAUGGCAUGGUUGGCUUCAUUUUAUAACUGAUCAUACUGGAGAUGAGCUUUUGAUGCUAAGGCCAAAGAGGUAUGGCGUGGCUCACAGGGAGAAUCUCUCUGGAGAAGGUGAAGAUCAGAUUUACCACUCUAAAGGACAUGCACUCAAUCCGGGGCAGAAAAACUGGACUAGGUACCAGUCCUGGGAACCAGCAAAGAAAGAGUAAUAAUCUGAAGAUCCCGACUCGGGUAAAUUUGGAAAUCCUGAGUGUUGCAGUCCAAUUCCCAUCAAUAAGUGCAUUGGAACUUGUCUUGUUUGUCUGCAUUUGCAUAGCUCCAAAAAGACAUAGUUUUCAGACGUCAGUCCAUAUGAAUACAUAGUCGGAUCACGGUGUCGCAGUGGCAGCGGCUGCUAGCCUCGAUUGCAGCACCCCUUUCGUUCUUUCCAGCAGCAGCAGGAGGCACUAGGUCGAGAUCAGCAGACAGGUCGCGAGUGUCCUUCUCAGCGCCCUGGACGCUAAUUGGAGGGGCAAAUACUUGUUCCCCAUCAAUGAUCGCAUCUUUCAGCUCCUCAGCAGCAGCAGAAAGUAGGCCUGCAAAGUUCAGUUUGCUUGCUUUGUUUUCCAUAUUAUUUGAUCUUGUCAAUGCAGGCUCAGUUAUUUGUUUCUAUGCCGUCUAUAAGUGUCCUUGGCGAAAGGCAACUUCCUUAACAGGACACUGGACACACUUGAACUGAAAAGUCUCCCUUGCCUUAACACAACAAAGAGUAGACUAUGAUGGAAACCGUGUCUGUAUCUUUCCAACUUAAAUAUGGUCGGCAUUCCAGAAUUUAACUCGCCAAAACAAAACGCAGGUUCCUAGCAGGCCACUGUUAAAUUAACCCAGCUCAGCUCUCUUCACAUUCUCCACUAUAAAGCAGCAAUUUUUCGCAGCUUGCUCUGUUAUAUUUUAUCCAUCAGUCUUUGGUCCUUUUGAACCUAACCACAAGGCAGAGGUAGAGUUUGACCGAAAUUUGGGGGAAAAGGGAAUGGCCGAGAUUCGAGUUGAGGUCUCUGACUCUGAGGGUGAUCAGCAGCAGGAGGAUCCCAACGCGUCAGUGUUCCAAUCCCGUACUUUCCCGCGAUACUGCCCCAGACCCCGCCCAACCCAAACACAAUACAUUCCGGCCACUCCCAGGGCGAUAGCAGCAGCUUCCGGCGCCACUCCUUCCAACUCCGAUCUCUCCUCCAGGUCCAGGGCUUCCUCCUCUGACACUUCCAGCUUCUUCUUCACCAUCUCUUCCUCUUCUUCUUCAUCAUCCUCCUCCCACUCCCUAUCCAUCCCACAAUCCUCCUCCUCAUCCUCUUCCUAUCGCUGCACUUUCCGCGGCAAGGACGCGAUCGGCUUCCGCCGGGUGUUCCCUCCCACCAUCACCCGGGAGAAGCUGAAACAGCACUUGUCAGUCAUCGGCAGCAUCCGCCACGCCAACGUGGUCCAGCUCAUCGGGGCUUCCAUGUCCGAGAAGGAGCCGUGCGUCAACCUCAUGUACCCCUUCGUCAACGGCGCAACCCUCUCCGAUUGUUUGACCAGCAGGAGUACGACUACGACCGAUCUCUACAGCCUCUACCUCGGUAGGUGGCAAUCGAGGAUGGACAUCGCGGUGGGAGUAGCUCGCGGCCUGAAUUACAUCCACCACAUGACCGGAUUCGAAGCCCUCCUCGUCCACAACCGUAUCAAGACCUCCAACAUCAUUCUCCUACCUUUGAGCGGCGGCGCCGCCGUCAAACCCUUGAUCUGCAAAUUCGGCCUCGCUCAUGUUGCAGGGGAGGCUGCCGACGACAACGUUGGAUGGGGCGGAGGAGAGGGGAUUGAAGAAGUAGACGAGGAAGAGAACCCCUACAUGUCGCCGGAGGUUCGGCGAGGGGGGUCGUUGGCGACGCGGAAAUCGGAUGUGUACGCAUUCGGGGUGCUGCUGUUGGAGCUGAUUUCGGGUGCGGAGCCGGUGACUUACCGUUAUGAUGACGUCGACAAGGUUUACGUGCGGAAGUCGAUCAUGGAGACGGCGAGGGCGGCGGAGGCCGGCGACGAGGAGAUGGUGCGGGGUUGGGUGGACGGGAGGCUGAAUGGGUUGUUCCCAGUGGAGGUCGCGAAGGAGGCGAUGCGUUUGGGGCUGUAUUGUCUGGGCGAGGAUCCCAGAUCGCGACCUGAUAUGGGCCUUGUCGAAGGCCUCAUCUUCGACUGCUGGCGACGAUCCAACAAACCCUUCUUUUGAGUAUGCCACCCCGUGGGCCAAUGUCUAUAUUUGUAUUUGGGCUUCAUAGCAAAGUUACCCUUGUAUGUCAAGUUGUCAUGGAGGAACUAGAUAACAAGUUUAGAUAAUUUUCAUGUUUACUAAAGAAAAGUAUGAAGCCUUCAAUCCAUUAUAAUUCAAAAUUCAUUAGAA